CGACAUAAGUGGAUGUUGCUAUUAUGUGAUUUGAGAUCAAAAUUCCGGUAAUUUUAGGGAUUUAGUUUUGCAUUUUUAGUAUUGUUUAAUUUUUGGGUACUUACUUCUUCAAUGUGUUAUUUUAAUUUUUUGUUCUUCGAACGAGGUUGCCUGCGGCGGGAAUCCUUGGUCAGUCGUUACCUGGCCCUGGAAUCAGAGAUCAUUGCAUAUAUUGUUUGGCAGGUGACGAGGAGUAUUGAUUGGUGUUCUUCACAAUAGGAAUCUGUGGACAUGCUGACCAGGGUAUUCAUAUAUUCGGCGCCUACAACUCUUGGACAGGUUUUCAUUUACUGGACAGCUUAUAGUAUAUAUAGCUAUAAGGAGACAAUUUAAGAACUCCAUUUAUUCAGCAGAAGAUUGGUACUUGAUAUGUUUCACAACAUCGCGUUCACCCGAAGUAUAGAUAGGGUGAUAAGUGAAGCAUGAAGAACCAAUCCGAACUGAGGGUCGAUGUAAUUGAGGAGGUGACAGUAUUAUUUUGUGAAACUGCUGUUUAAAGCUCUUGGAAUUCUAUUGGCCAGCAGGGAGAGUGAAGUGUUUGUUAGUUGCUAUGAGACGAAGACUUGUUGGGUCAGCGGAAAAAUGAAGCUCGCAAGCGACGCCAAAUCCUUAUGGGCAGCCACGUGCGGCAACUGCCGCAAGAAUUACAAUAUGCCACCAAACACAACAAUGAAAUGUCGAAGCUGCCAGGCGGAUACUUACGUUGAAGCAAGGUGUCGGAUUCCAAUGGCAAUUAAAGAUGAAACAGGAACAAUAUAUGCAAUAAUCUAUGGGACUGAUGCAGAAAGAAUUAUCCCGUUCAGCGGGAAUGAUUUGUAUGAAGCAGAGAAAAAUGGCCAAAACAUAAAAGGUGAAAUUGAAGCAGUGAUAGAAAAGCACAACGUUGUCUGUUUCAUUAAGUAUACUGAGUCUGGUUAUCAUACAAUUCUAAAGCUUUAUACCGCUGACCACAUGAACACCGAGAAGAAUAUGCAUGAAGAACAACUCUCCAAAAAAGACACAGCCAGUUCAUCAUCAGCCCAGGUUGUCGAAAAACAACUCUUCACCCCAACACUCAAAAAUGUGCUCCAGUCCGUUGCCAUGAAAAUUGAGAAAGAUCCAACCAUCGGAAGUUCAGAACCACUUGUUAAAAAGCGCAUUUACUUUGAAACCCAACCAAUAGCCUCCUCCUCAAUCACAACUGCCACACCAUCAAAACAAGCUUCACCAAAACCAAGUCAGUUCAAUCUUGAAACACAUAAAGAUCUACCUGCCAGCCCUUCAAAGAAAAGUCGACCCAAAAUGGAUUGACGCCUCGACACCUACAGCUUUUGAUUUUUGGCUCGACACAUCAAGCUUUUGACUUUUGAACUAGAAAAACAUGAAGAAUGGAUGCUUCUUUUAUGUACAAAUUUGAAAUUUGCAAGAAUUUUUGUCCUAAUAUUGGCGAAUUUCUGUUGUUUCUUGACGAAAUAACUUGGUUUUCGUUGAUUUGUGUUAUUUGGAGCUAUGUGCAGCGUCUUUAUCUACUGAAGUGGUUAGAUUCUAAGAUCUGGACAUGGAUCCUUCUGAAGAAGGUAACGGGGCUGCUGUGGCUCCAGAAGCUCUCCCCCCGCCACCACCUGAACAAUGGGAAUGCCAGCCCUGGUGGGCCAGGCAGUCCUAAUGAGAGUGAUAAGAAAAGGGUUAGGCGUCCAUACAACUCCAAGACCUUCAAAGUGGAGUUAAGUUUUGCUGCGAAAAUCCCUAUGCAGGCCAUUGCAAACGCUUUGCGUGGACAGGAAUCCGAGAACUCUCAAGAAGCCCUCCGGGUUUUGGAUAUCAUAUUAAGGCAGCAUGCGGCAAAGCAAGGUUGUCUGCUUGUUCGUCAGUCAUUUUUCCAUAAUGAUGUAAAUAACUUUGUGGAGGUUGGUGGGGGAGUUCUCGGCUGCCGAGGUUUCCAUUCGAGCUUCAGAGCAGCACAAAGUGGCUUAUCUUUAAACAUUGAUGUGUCUACGACUAUGAUUAUCCAGCCUGGGCCCGUGGUUGACUUUCUGCUUGCCAAUCAAAAUGUGCGAGAUCCCUUCUCAGUUGACUGGUUCCAACUGAAGCAGAAAUCAAAAGAAGGGGAUGGAGAAACAACAGAAAUCACAGUCUAUGACUACUUCGUGAAAUACCGGAACAUUGACUUGCGAUAUUCUGCUGAUCUGCCGUGCAUUAAUGUCGGGAAGCCCAAACGCCCGACUUACUUCCCUCUUGAGCUGUGCUCUCUCGUGUCCCUUCAAAGGUACACAAAAGCUUUGUCUACGUUUCAAAGAUCAUCACUGGUGGAGAAGUCGCGACAGAAACCACAUGAGAGGAUGUCUGUUUUGAGCAAUGCUUUGAAAAUCAAUAACUACGAUGCAGAGCCUAUGCUUCGUGCUUGCGGCGUUUCUAUUAACAACAACUUUACUCAGAUUGAAGGGCGUGUUUUGCAGCCACCGAAGGUCAAAGUCGGCAAUGGAGAAGAUUUGUUUACUCGCAACGGGAGGUGGAAUUUUAAUAACAAGAAAUUUGCGAGUCCAUGCAAGGUGGAACGGUGGGCAGUGGUGAACUUUUCUGCACGCUGUGACGUGCGUGGUCUGAUUAGAGAUUUGAGCAGGAUUGGUGAAUCUAAAGGAAUAAAUGUGGAAGCCCCAUUUGACGUUUUUGAAGAAAAUAAUCAGCACAGGCGGGCCCCGCCAGUUAUUAGGGUUGAGAAAAUGUUUGAGUUAGUGCAAUCGAAGCUUCCUGGUCCACCAAAGUUUCUACUCUGUUUGCUUCCCGAGCGGAAAAAUUGCGACAUAUACGGCCCGUGGAAGCGUAAAAACUUGGCAGACUUUGGGGUUGUUACUCAGUGCCUUGCUCCCUCACGAGUGAACGAUCAAUAUCUGACUAAUCUCAUGCUGAAGAUCAAUGCAAAGCUUGGAGGGCUGAACUCUGUGUUGGCUGGUGAGCUGUCACCUUCAGUGGCAAUUCCUAUGGUGUCUAAGGCUCCCACUCUCAUACUUGGCAUGGAUGUCUCACAUGGAUCGCCUGGACAAUCUGAUAUCCCUUCAAUUGCUGCGGUUGUUAGCUCAAGACAGUGGCCAUCAAUUUCUCGUUAUAGGGCAUGUGUCCGAACUCAAUCCCCAAAGGUUGAAAUGAUAGAUUCCCUGUUCAAACGUGUGUCUGACACUGAAGACGAUGGUAUAUUGAGGGAAGCUCUCAUUGAUUUCUAUAUCAGUUCUAACAAGAUGAAGCCUGACCAAAUCAUCAUAUUCAGAGAUGGUGUGAGUGAAUCACAAUUCAAUCAAGUUCUGAACAUUGAAUUGGACCAAAUUAUAAAGGCUUGUAAGUUCCUCGACGAGAAAUGGUCCCCCAAGUUUGUCGUGAUUGUUGCUCAGAAAAAUCACCACACAAAAUUCUUCCAAGCAAAUUCUCCCGAUAACGUGCCGCCAGGGACGAUAAUUGAUGAUAAAGUGUGUCACCCCAGGAACAAUGACUUCUACCUAUGUGCACAUGCAGGGAUGAUUGGGACAACCAGGCCAACACAUUAUCACGUGCUGCUAGACGAAGUUGGUUUUUCUGCUGAUGAGUUACAAGAGCUCGUGCACUCCCUCUCAUAUGUGUACCAGCGUAGUACCACUGCUAUAUCUGUUGUUGCACCAAUUUGCUAUGCUCACCUGGCAGCCACUCAACUGGGCAUGUGGAUGAAGUUUGAGGAAGCAUCAGAGACUUCGUCGAGCCAGAAUGGGUCUGGGGCUGGUGGGGUCCCAGCUGUGGCCCCAAUGCCUAAGCUGAAAGAAAAUGUUCGCAACUCUAUGUUCUUCUGUUAGAAAUAACAGAAAGGCAUGUGUACGUGUUGGGCUCUACUCUUUAAGUUUUAUGUAAUAAAAAUUCAGACUCAGUUUGAUCGUAUCUUUUGUCUUAGGUUUGUGUACUUCUGUUAAGACUCUUGUGUGUUGUAAUGUAUGCAGAACUCUAUAAAUAGUCUGCCCUGUAGGUGUUUGAACUCAAUAAAUAGUCCCUUCUGGCAUUUAGGUGGUUUGAUUUGAAGGUUAGUCUCCUGUACUGGUAGCGUUUUGGAUUUUGGUAUGUGUUUGAUUGAUGAUUGUAUGGGAGGAACUUUUAGCCUGUGGCCUUUUGGCCUGGCUAUGGAAUGUUAUGUAAUGAUGAAGUUCUAGGUUUGUGUGUGUUCUUGGUCUCUCUGUUGCUUCUUCCCUGAGCUGUGUUUGAAAAUACAGACAUAAAUUGUC